AUGAAGGAGCUGCCGGGGUCGUGGCUGCAGAAGGCGUGCCGCCUGCUGGUGGUCUUCUGCGCCCUCCACCUCUCCGCCGUCCUCUUCUACUACCUGGCCGGCCACGCGCGCGGCCGCCCGGAGCCGCCCCCCCGCGGCCGGCCCCCCUCCCGGCCGGGGGCCAGCGCCCCCCCGCGGCCGGAGACGCCGCCGGCCCCCCGGACGGCCAACCUCUCCCACUGCCCGGACCCCUCCCCGCUGCUGGUUGGCCCGUUGCGUGUAGAGUUCUCUCACCCUGUGAGCUUGAAGAAGGUGGAGGAGGAAAACCCAGACUUGAGGGAAGGAGGCCGCUACACCCCAAAGGACUGCAUAGCACUGCAGAAAGUAGCCAUUAUUAUCCCAUUCAGAAACCGGGAUGAACACUUGAGAUACUGGCUGUACUAUUUGCAUCCAAUCCUUCAAAGACAACAGCUUGAUUAUGGUAUAUAUGUAAUUAACCAGGGAGGAGAAGAAACAUUCAACCGUGCGAAACUUCUGAACAUAGGCUUCAUCGAAGCUUUGAAAGAAUACGAUUACGACUGCUUUGUGUUCAGCGACGUUGAUCUGGUUCCUAUGGACGACCGAAAUACCUACAAGUGUUACGACCAGCCCAGGCAUCUCUCUGUGUCUAUGGACAAGUUUGGAUUUAGCUUACCUUACAACCAGUAUUUUGGCGGGGUGUCUGCCUUAAGCAAGGAGCAGUUUGAAAAAAUCAAUGGGUUCCCCAAUAAUUAUUGGGGUUGGGGAGGAGAAGAUGAUGAUAUUUAUAACAGGCUCGUUUUUAAAGGUAUGGGAGUCUCUCGUCCAGAUGCUACCAUCGGGAAAUGCAGAAUGAUUCACCACUCAAGAGACAACAAAAACGAGCCCAACCCACAGAGGUUUACCAAGAUUGCUCACACAAAGGAGACAAUGAAUUCGGAUGGCUUGAACACUCUGUCAUACAAGGCGGUGAAGAUUGAAAGAUUCUACUUGUAUACAAAAAUCACUGUGGAUGUUGGGUCACCAAAAAGCUAGUAUCGAGAGGCGUAACAG